ACACGGAAUCCUUGCCAAAUGCGGCAGUCGAGGCACUGGCAAGUAAAUAAGCGUAAUCCUUUGCGGGCACGUACCACCACUACCGCCUGUUUGGAGUAGCUCGUAAAUAUUUGGCCGAGUCGCAUCCAAAGCAGUCAGUCAGUCAUGGAGGCCAUCAUCCUGACGACCCUGCCCACCCUGACAACGGAUGCUGGUGACAGCAGCUUUUGGCUAACCGGCGCCCUCUCGCUCUCCGAGAUGUUGGCCAACUCCAGCCACGGCCAUUCCACUGGGAGCACAUCCUCGACGGCUGGCAGUUCGGCCACGGAAGCCUCCACGGUGAAUGUGGGCAAGGACCACGACGUAUCCAAGCACGUGAAUGACAGCGUUUCCACGGGACUGAGCAAUUACAGUAAUUACCCCAGCUACAUUCACUACAGGGACAAGUACGACCUGAGCUACAUUGCCAAGGUGAAUCCCUUCUGGCUGCAAUUCGAGCCACCUAAGUCGAGCACCUUCCUGGUGAUGGCCGCCCUGUAUUUCCUGAUUUCGGUGGUGGGAUGUGUGGGCAAUGCGUUCGUAAUCUUUAUGUUUGCCAACCGCAAAUCGCUGCGGACUCCUGCCAAUAUCCUGGUGAUGAAUCUGGCCAUCUGCGACUUUCUGAUGCUCAUCAAAUGCCCAAUUGCCAUAUACAACAACAUCAAAGAGGGUCCGGCUCUGGGUGACAUUGCCUGUCGCCUCUAUGGAUUCGUGGGUGGUCUAAGUGGCACCUGUGCCAUCGGCACCCUCACCGCCAUCGCCCUGGAUCGCUACAAUGUGGUGGUGCAUCCACUGCAGCCGCUGCGACGCUGUUCCCGCCUGCGAUCCUACCUGAUCAUCCUGCUGAUCUGGUGCUACAGCUUCCUGUUCGCUGUGAUGCCGGCCCUGGACAUCGGACUAUCUGUAUAUGUUCCCGAGGGAUUCCUCACCACCUGCAGCUUCGAUUACCUGAACAAGGAGACGCCAGCCCGCAUUUUCAUGGCCCUGUUCUUUGUGGCGGCCUACUGCAUCCCACUGACCUCCAUUGUGUACUCCUACUUCUACAUACUGAAGGUGGUCUUCACGGCGAGUCGCAUUCAGUCGAACAAGGACAAGGCCAAGACGGAACAGAAGUUGGCCUUCAUUGUGGCGGCCAUCAUUGGUUUGUGGUUUCUGGCCUGGUCACCGUACGCCAUCGUUGCCAUGAUGGGCGUCUUCGGCCUGGAGAGGCACAUAACGCCGCUGGGAUCGAUGAUACCCGCGCUCUUCUGCAAGACAGCUGCCUGCGUGGAUCCCUACUUGUAUGCGGCCACCCAUCCGCGGUUUCGCGUCGAGGUGAGAAUGCUCUUCUACGGACGCGGAGUGCUGCGCAGGGUCUCCACCACCAGGUCAUCGUACAUGACCCGUUCCCGAUCGUCGUUCACCCACCGCCUGAGGACGAGCACCACUGGCGAUGGUGGUGGCAUGGGAAUGGGUGAUCACCGCAUGGAGAACUACCUGAUGAACAACAACCUGAUGAUGGUGCCCGAGGAGACGGAGGAGAACGAGGAGAUCGUCGUGGUGGCCGAGAUCAACAACUCGGUUAGCAGCGUCAUGGAGCAGAGUAAGUUCUGA